GCGAUGGCGAUGGCGGCGGGAGCGCUGACCGCGGCGGCAGAGCGGCUGGGGCACGCCGUGGCGGCCGCAGCGGACGCCCGCCUGGAGAGCGUGCGCGAGCUGUCAGGCCUGUUCCGGGAGGCGCAGCCCAGAGAAAUGGCGAAAGAAAGUGUAUUUCGAGAUCUUCUGAAAAUCCUGAUGAGCGCCUCAAGUAAAAUUGAGCAGGCCUAUAAGGACUCCUGUGAAUUGGUAGAUCUAGAUACCUGCUUGCUGCUCAUAGCAGAAUGUUUCAGAUGUCUGAGGAAUGCCUGUGUUCAGUGUGCCAAGAAUCAACAUAUCAUGAGGAGCAUGGGUCUCAUCUCUACAUCUGUCCAUUUGAUCAAAUUGCUUCAUGGAAUACAAGUCAAAGAAGAAUUGUUAUUGACAGCUCUUCGUUGCAGUCUCCAAUUUCUUGGAAACAUUGCAGCAGGAAAUGGAGAUUCCCAGAAUAGCAUUUGGAAGUGUGCUUUCCCAGAUCUCUUCUUGACAUGUCUGACAUACAGUGAUGAGAAAAUUGUUGCCUAUUGUUGUAUGGUACUGUUCACCUGCCUUAAUUCAGAGAAGGUGGGAGAACUGCUGAAUCCUGGGAACUUGACUGUGGCUCUUCAUGUCCUAAAAGUCUACAAAGAGCAGCUGGAGUCUGAGUGGUCGUUCUUGAUUGUUACAGACCAUUUGCUGAAAUGUCCAGAGUUGGUAAAGGCCCUCUAUGCCAAACUGAGCAAUCAAGAAAGAGUUACUUUGUUAGAGCUGAUGAUGACAAAAGUAAGUGAGAAGAUCCCAGUUGCCAGUGAAGAAAUUAACGUGUUCAUGAGACAUGCUGACUUCCUUGCAAGCUGUUUCCAAGAAAAAUGUGAAGCUGUGCUCAAGUUAACUUCUGCAGCAGAUGCAGAAGUUGAGGAAGCGCUGGUCACAAUUCGUCUUCUUGACGUGCUUUGUGAAAUGACAUCAAACAGUGGACAGCUAGAACAUCUACAAGCUUUGCCUGGUUUGCUUGAAACAGCCAUAGAUACCCUGAGAUUAACUCAUCUUGCUGGAAAACAGGCUGUAAAUAUUUUCACUGCCACACAUGCUAUGACAGGGCAGGAAGAAAUUUCACAUCCAGCUGUGGGUUUUAAAUCUCAUCUCAUUCGUUUGAUUGGAAAUUUGUGUUACAAAAAUAAAGAAAACCAAGAUAAGGUUUAUGAGUUAGAUGGCAUCCCUUUGAUCCUGGACAACUGCAGCAUAGAUGACAACAAUCCUUUUGUGAACCAGUGGGCGGUAUAUGCUAUCCGAAAUCUCACUGAACAGAAUGAAAGAAACCAAGAACUUAUUGCACAGAUGGAAGAGAAGGGGCUGGCAGAUAAUUCUGCCCUUGAAAGUAUGGGCUUAGAGAUAGAGAAACAAGAUGACAAGUUAAUUCUGAGAUCUGUCAGGAAAAAGCCUUUGUGAAAAAAGAAUCAAGAGUCUAAUCAUUUAAAGAGGAUUUCUCUUUUAAAAUACUGUUCCCUGCUCAAGCAAUCAAGAUUUCUUCAGUUUUAGUUCCAGUCUGCUGGAAGUGUUACAUUUAUUCUGAGAACUGUCAAAUGAUACUUGUGCCUCACUGUGGGAAACAAAAGGACACCUACACGUUUUUCUAAACACCUAGGUAAAUUAACCUAUGGAAAAAAAAAUCUUUUGUUUCAGAUGGUUGAAAUUUCAGUGCUUUUUUGUUUAGUUAGUAGAAGGAUGUCAUGCGUGCUGUAUUGAGUUGUCAUAAUUUCUAUUGCUGAACCUGGAGAUAGCUAUCAUUAAAAACAUAACAAAGAAAUAACUGCUUUGCACCGUGCCUUCUCUGUUUAAAUGAUCAGUGCCGAGUCAAGACUAAACAAUGAAAAUUACUCGUUUUCAGUCAUGGUACUUAAAUAUGUCUACUUACAUAAGGAUCAGUGGAACACUGGAUGUACAUAAACAUUUAGUGAAUUAAACACAAUGUGCCCUCUGUGCAAAUUAUUAGUAGAUUAUCUUUUCUACCUUGUUACCUUUCAGUCUUCAUGACAAGUAUAUUAAAAACAAAGCUGAAGCUGUUGUGGCAACAGAUGCUACAUUCCUUUGCACUGGGGCAUGUCUCUGUUUUGGAGACUUGGGUGUUUGUUUGAAUUUUAUUUGUUCCUUUGGAUGGUAAGUCAGCCCACUUUCCUUUUAUUUUGCACUUCUCAUGGGUUUUCUGAACUCUGGCAGACUACUGAAGAGGUAGUUUCUCACUGUGAUUAAUUCUAGCAGUUUCUUUUCACCCCUCUGCCUUUCCAAAACAUUGACAAAACUCAUUUCCAGUUAAUUAAUUCAAGAGAGGCAGAAGAAUGGAAGGCCCUCCCUCUUCAUUUUGGGUACCCUCCUAUAUUGUUGUUGGACCCUGCCACUGUGGAAUGUGGCAUGAAUGAGAUGGAGGGAGAAGGGGGGUGAAGAAAGGAUGAGGGGGCAUGAUUAACUCUCUGUGUGCCAUAGUUUUGCCCUGGCAGACAAGAAAUGUAAUUCUCCAUGCAUAGGCAAAAUGAGAACUGCAGCUUCAUAUCACUAAUGCCUACGUAACUGUUACUGUCAUUUGGUUAUCUUGAGUCUAAUAGGAAACUCAGAAAAGCAAAGUUGUUCAUGUUGCUGUCAUCAUUUAAUCCCUUUCUUAAGUGGAAAGGCAAGUUUAUGUCCUAAAACUACAUGUACAGACAUUCUACCAGGUUCAUCAGCUUUUGCUCCUCCAAUUCAAGUUUUUUUUAUUUGAAAGUAGAAGAAAACACAUGAUCCUUUGAGCUGGAAGAAAUAUGUAGUUUUAUUUAAAACUGACAAUGAGUAUAGCCAGACUACUAAGAUCUUUUCAAGUUAGCCAUAAGAUUUCAGUGUCUACCAUGCUAACCAGCCAGACCUGUGGAAUUCACCUAGUAGGAUUUUAGUCACCCGUUAGUUUUAAAGACAAUGUUAUAAAACUGCUGUCUUCAUCCAUUUAUUAAGUAAAGGUUGUAUAUAAAGGGAUAAUGGCAGUUAAAACAGUGACUAUAACUUUUGUUGCUUUUAGUGUCUUCUUACUUUAAAAAAAAACAAGGGAGAAGUGUUCUUUGUUUCAGCAAAGAAUAAAUAUCAUUAUAAACAAA